AUGGAAGACAUCCAGGGUACCGCUGAGCCAGAGUGUACCUUCAUCAUUCUGGAUGCUGCGAAAUGGGAUCAGGGAUGCCCAGAAGAAGCGUGCAUGGUGGGAGAUGUUAAUUUGUUCAUAGUUGAUCCUAAAAAUCCAUCAUUAGCAGAGAUUGAAAUCAUGAUUGCUGAACCUGAGUCUCGUGGGAGGGGGUUUGGUGAAGAGUCUGUGAGGCUCAUGUUAUUCUAUGGGGUUUCCUUUUUGGGAAUGUCUACAUUUCAAGCGAAAAUCGGUCAUGAGAACAUACAGAGUAUUCGACUGUUCGAAAAAUUUAAUUUUCAGGAGGUGUCCUUUAGUUCAGUAUUCCAGGAGCUGACUUUGCAGUGGAAAGUGACAGAAGAAGAAGGGCAGCUGCUUCUAAACACAGGUGUCAUGAAGCCCAGCCAAUGCCACCCUUAUGAGCAUGCUCCAGACUUGGCUCACAGCCUGAUGUGCCAACCCCCAACAGGCAUCGCUGAAGCCCCGGACUGCAAGCUGCUCCACGUCCUUGUGAUUUGA